CGGUGACGCAGUGGGCGGGCCCGGGGCGGGCAGCGGCGGCAGCGGCGGCGGCUUCCAGCGACUUCGGCGCUCGGCCAUCGCUGUGCAUUUGUGGUGCCAGGCAGAGCCAUGUCCCCACGCCAGCAGUGAGCACCUCCCCCAGCCUCGGGAAGAAGGCCACUGCCACCUGCCUCCUCCUCAGCAUGCCCGAGCAGCCCUGCUCUGCCCAGGACCCUCCUGCUGCUGCUGCCAGCUUGGGCUCUCUGCCGGGACAAGUCCUCCAGGAGCGCACCCCCGUGGCCCACUGAUGCUGCAGCCCCUCCGAAGGCAGCAGAGAGGUGACACAAGGGACAGCGACAGGCAGAUUUAACACCCCGAGGGCCUUCCCGGUGCCAAGAAGGUCCCUCCCUGCCCGCCGGAGCGAUGCCAGCCUCUGCUUAGCCCCUGGAGAAGAAGGGAUGGAGCAUCCCCCUCGGCGCCCCCGCACUGGCUCCCCCCUCGGCCGGCAGGAGCCCUUAGCGAUGUGAUCGGGCACCCCCCCUCCCCCUCCCCCCACGGCCCACCAGCGCCCACCCAACCCCUGCCAGCGGGCACCGUCGGGACCCACCCAUCGCCACCCCCCAGCCCCCCGCCAUGAUGUGCGAGGUGAUGCCCACCAUCAGCGAGGGGGACCCCCUGGGCCCCCCGCAGGGCGCCGAGGCGGACGCCGACUUCGAGCAGCUGAUGGUGAACAUGCUGGACGAGAGGGACAAGCUGCUGGACACGCUGCGGGAGACACGCGAGACGCUGGCGCUGACCCAGAGCCGCCUGCAGGAGGCGCUGCGGGAGCGGGACCAGCUCCAGCGCCAGCUCAGCUCCGCUCUGCCGCAGGAGUUCGCCACCCUGACGCGGGAGCUGAGUGCCUGCCGGGAGCAGCUGCUGGAGCGGGAGGAGGAGAUCUCGGAGCUGAAGGCUGAGCGCAACAACACUCGGCUGCUGCUGGAGCACCUGGAGUGCCUGGUGUCCAGGCAUGAGAGGUCCCUCAGGAUGACCGUGGUCAAGCGCCAGGCACAGUCCCCGUCCGGCGUCUCCAGCGAGGUGGAGGUGCUGAAGGCUCUCAAGUCGCUCUUUGAGCAUCACAAGGCACUGGAUGAGAAGGUCAGGGAACGCCUACGAGCGGCCUUGGAGCGAGUGGCAACCUUGGAGGAGCAGCUGGUGGAUGCCCAUCGGCAGGUGGCAGUUCUGCAGCAAGGUGCCACACGAGAGGUGCCAGCAGGGGAAAGGGACGAGAGGGAGCCCAAGGAGCCUGCACAGAAGCUUCCCUGGAAGCGACUCUCCAACGGCUCUGUGCACCCAGAGGAGGAGGCAGGGAGGGUGGUGGAGCUGCAGGAGCUCCUGGAGAAGCAGAACUUCGAAGUGGUCCAGGCCAAGGAGCGAAUCUCUGCCCUGGCUGCCAGCGUGGCCGAGCUGGAGGAGGAUCUGGGCACGGCCAGGAAGGACCUGAUCAAAUCCGAGGAGAUGAGCAGCAAGUACCAGAGGGACCUCCGGGAGGCCCUGGCUCAGAAGGAGGACAUGGAGGAGAGGAUCACCACGCUGGAGAAGCGCUACCUGGCAGCCCAGAGAGAGGCCACAUCCAUCCACGACCUCAACGACAAGCUGGAGAAUGAGCUGGCCAACAAGGAGUCCCUGCACCGGCAGUGCGAGGAGAAGGCGAGGCACCUGCAGGAGCUGCUGGAGCUGGCGGAGCAGAAGCUGCAGCAGACGAUGCGCAAGGCGGAGACGCUGCCCGAGGUGGAGGCGGAGCUGGCCCAGCGCAUCGCUGCCCUCACCAAGGCAGAAGAGAGGCAUGGGAGCAUCGAGGAGCACCUGAGGCAGCUGGAGAGCCAGCUGGAGGAGAAGAACCAGGAGCUGGCCAGGGCACGGCAGAGGGAGAAGAUGAACGAGGAGCACAACAAGAGGCUGUCAGACACUGUGGACAGGCUGCUGAGCGAGUCCAACGAGAGGCUGCAGCUGCACCUCAAGGAGAGGAUGGCAGCCUUGGAGGAGAAGAACACCUUGUUACAAGAGCUGGAGAACACCCAAAAGCAGAUAGAGGAGCACCAGCACGACAAGCGGCGUCUGUCUGAUGAGAUUGACAAGCUGAGGCUGGAGGUUGAUCAGCUCAAGACCAGAAGUGGGACCUUUGUGGAGAGUGUCCAUGCAAGGUCCCACAUGGGCAGUGCCACAGACCUGCGCUUCCCCCUGGGCGCUGUGGUCCAUGCCCCUGCGGAGCCCUUCGGGGCUGCCCCAGGCCUGCAGCGGGCACAGAAGGGGAGAUUCACUGCCCGCAGAGAGGAGCCAGCCAAGGAGUGGGAGCAGGCCCAGGCAGGCAGCGUGCUGGGCACAGGGCCCCAUGCCUUCGACAGCGACCCUGAGAUCUCGGACGUGGAUGAGGAUGACCGCGAGACGCUCUUCAGCUCCAUGGAUGUGCUCUCCCCUGGGGGCCACUCAGAUGCCCAGACGCUGGCCAUGAUGCUCCAGGAGCAGCUGGAUGCCAUCAACGAGGAGAUCAGGAUGAUUCAAGAGGAGAAGGAGUCCACGGAGCUGCGGGCGGAGGAGCUGGAGACCCGAGUGACCAGCGGCAGCAUGGAGGGGCUCAACCUCACCCAGCUCUGCAAGAGGGCUUCCAUCCCCACCUCGCUGACUGCCCUGUCCCUGGCCAGCUCAUCCCCCCCCCUCAGCGGCCGCUCCACCCCCAAGCUGACCUCCCGCAGCGCCGCGCAGGACCUGGACCGCAUGGGCAUCAUGACGCUGCCCAGCGACUUGAGGAAGCACCGGAGGAAACUGCUAUCGCCUGCAGCUCGGGACGAGAGCCGAGAGGACAAAACCACCAUCAAAUGUGAGACGUCUCCCCCGUCCUCGCCCAGGGCCCUGCGGCUGGAGAAGCUGGGCCACCCUGCUCUGAGCCAGGAGGACGGCAAGAGCUCGCUGGAGGAGCAGGCCAGCAGCACCAGCAGCCAGGACUCCCUGCACAAGGGCUCCAAGAGGAAGGGGAUCAAGUCCUCCAUCGGGCGCUUGUUCGGCAAGAAAGAGAAGGGUCGCUUGAUCCAGCUGAGCAGAGAGGGGGCCACGGGGCAGGUGCUGCUGACUGAGGUGGAGGUGGGCAUGCAGGACCCCCUGGGGCUUGGCAAGCUGGGUGCUCAGGCUGAGAAGGAUCGGCGCCUGCGGAAGAAACAUGAACUCCUGGAAGAGGCUCGGAGGAAAGGAUUGCCCUUUGCUCACUGGGAUGGCCCCACUGUUGUGUCCUGGCUGGAGCUGUGGGUGGGAAUGCCAGCCUGGUACGUGGCUGCCUGCCGAGCCAACGUGAAGAGCGGAGCCAUCAUGUCAGCGCUGUCCGACACUGAGAUCCAGCGGGAGAUUGGCAUCAGCAAUGCCCUGCACCGCCUGAAGCUGCGCCUGGCCAUCCAGGAGAUGGUGUCCCUCACCAGCCCCUCUGCUCCCCCCACCUCACGCACUUCCUCUGGCAACGUUUGGGUCACCCAUGAGGAGAUGGAGAACAUGGCAACAUCCACCAAGACGGACACAGAGGAGGGCAGCUGGGCACAGACCCUGGCCUAUGGGGACAUGAACCACGAGUGGAUUGGGAACGAGUGGCUGCCCAGCCUGGGCCUGCCCCAGUACCGCAGCUACUUCAUGGAGUGCCUGGUGGAUGCGCGGAUGCUCGACCACCUCACCAAGAAGGACCUCAGAGUGCACCUGAAGAUGGUUGACAGCUUCCACCGCACCAGCCUGCAGUACGGCAUCAUGUGCCUGAAGAGGCUCAACUACGACCGCAAGGAGCUGGAGAGGAGGCGAGAGGAGACCCAGCAUGAGAUCAAAGAUGUGCUGGUCUGGACCAAUGACCAGGUGAUGCACUGGAUCCAGUCCAUCGGGCUGCGGGACUACGCCAACAACCUGGCGGAGAGCGGCGUGCACGGAGCCCUGCUGGCCCUCGAUGAGAACUUCGACCACAACAGCCUGGCCCUGGUGCUGCAGAUCCCCACCCAGAACACCCAGGCUCGACAGGUGCUGGAGCGGGAGUUCAACAACCUGCUGGCGCUGGGCACGGACCGCAGGCUGGACGAUGGUGAGGAGAAGACCUUCCGCCGGACGCCCUCCUGGCGCAAGCGGUUCCGCCCGCGGGACGUGCACAGCAUCAACCUGCUGAGCGGCUCCGCCGAGACCCUGCCCGCGGGCUUCCGAGUCACCAGCCUGGUGCCCCUGCCCCCCCCGGCUGCCCCGCCCAAGAAGAUGCCCCCAGAAGUCGGUGCCUCUGGGUCGCCAAGGCUGGAGACCUCCACGGUCCGGACCUACUCCUGCUGAGGCUCAGCGCCACAGGAACCAGCCCUGGCACUUGCCCACGGUCCCACCUGCUGGCAGCCUUUCAGGACAAGAGCCCAACCUGCUCCUGUUCCUCAGCCCAGACCGACAGACGCUGCAGGCUCACUGCUGGGGACCCUAAAGGAGCUCCUCCCUUCCACUCGUGCACCCCACAGCUUCCCUGGCUCCCCACCUGGCCCUGCUUGGGAUGGGCCAUGGACGCUGCCUGCCUGCGGUGCCAUCCACCAGAGCAGCAGGGACCCCUCCCAGACGUGGGCUGCCAGCUUUGGGAACCUUCCUCCUGCCUGGUUCACGGUGCCAACAUGCCACAGGCUGCUGCAGUGACUCACCUGAGCCCCAGGCACCAGGGCUGCUGCUGCUGCUGCCCACUGGACUUGAAGCCAAGGAAGAUUGAGACUCAUGAAGAUGCUAGCACUGGGGUGGCUGGGCAAGGAGAUGCCCUCAGGGCUGGGGGCAGGGCCAGUGCCAGGGUGGGCACUGCAUGGGCUGGAGCAGGGACUGGCCCUGGUGGGGGUGAGGAAGCUCUGUCUGCCAAGGGGCUGGCAGCCAGGAGUGAUGCUUUUUUUGGGGUGCUGCCAGAUGCCUCCUAGCAGAGAGGCUGCUCCUGCCCCGUGGGUCCAGCAAGGGCUGUGUGGGGAAGGGCUGAGACUGCCCCAUAUGGCCUAAUGCCAGCCAGGAUGUACCCAGCAUGCACAGGAGAGGGGACCCUCCUUGGGUGCUUAAAGAGACACAAGAGGGCACCCACCCAGCACCCACAGGAGAGGGGACCCUCCUUGGGCACUUGGGCACAUGAGAGGGCACCCACAGGAGAGGGGACCCUCCUUGGGUGCUUGGACAGACACGAGAGGGCACCCACAGGAGAGGGAACCCUCCUUGGGUGCUUGGACAGACACGAGAGGGCACCCAGCCAGCACCCACAGGAGAGGGGAAACUCCUUGGGUGUUUGGAGAGGCACGAGAGGGCACCCACAGGAGAGGGAACCCUCCUUGGGUGCUUGGACAGACACGAGAGGGCACCCACAGGAGAGGGAACCCUCCUUGGGUGCUUGGACAGACACAAGAGGGCACCCACAGGAGAGGGGACCCUCCUUGGGUGCUUGGGCACACGAGAGGGCACCCACAGGAGAGGGGACCCUCCUUGGGUGCUUGAAGAGACACAAGAGGGCACCCAGCAGCCUGGGAUGGUUGUGCCCAUCCCUUCCCCUGGGUGCAGAGGAGAUGCUCUCCCCUCCUGCCUCCAGGCCAGGGGCAGGGAUGAAUCCAGGAGGCUCUGAACUCUGCCCCUUCCCCCCCCUAGGGUAGGACUCCGUCUCCUCACGCCACGUCUGCCUUGUGUGGCUCCUGUUUCUGAUGUGCUAUUUAUUGAUGGCUGGAAUGACCUUCCCCUUACCCUGUGCUGUCUGGAAGUGCAAUAUCUGAGAGGCUCCCCCCUCCCCACGUCCUUUGGGUGUCUUUUUGGCCUCCUCCACUCCCAGGUAUUUUUUUAAUUUGAAGAGUCAGUGAAGCCCUUCCCUGGAGCCCUCCUCCUGUCAGCAUAGUACCGGUACUGCAUGGACCACAAGCCCCGGGGGGCAGGACAGGAUGUAUCUGUGUUCCAAUAAACAGGAUUUUAAAGCA